ACUCAACCUCUAAACUCUCUCUCUCUCUCUCUCUCUCUCUCUCUCAGGUGAAAGAAGCUUCUCUCAACGCGACUUUAUUCCUCCAUUUUUUUAUUUAAUGGAUAGGUACCCAAUGGAGCAGGCUAUGGUCUGAUUAGAGUGAUGAUGAAGUUAACUGGAUAUUCUUUACCAGCUUCAUCUACUCCUAUUUAUUUAAAUAUCCUUAAAAAACACAGCAUAUUUUCUUCCAAUAUUUUUCAGAGAAAUCCUACCAAAUCAAGAGGACCGUCUACUUAUACACAAAAAGAUCAAGUACUUGCAGAUGCUGUGAUGGUUGCCGGGCAGUAUCUUCCUCCCUGGUUUAGUGUUGCUCCAAUGAUGGACUGGACAGAUAAUCAUUAUAGGACUCUUGCCCGGCUCAUAUCGAAACAUGCGUGGCUCUACACAGAGAUGCUUGCAGCAGAAACAAUUGUUUAUCAGAAGGAUAAUCUGGACAGAUUCUUGGCAUAUUCUCCAGAGCAACAUCCUAUUGUGCUUCAAAUUGGUGGGAACAAUUUGGAAAACUUGGCAAAAGCUACUGAACUUGCUAAUCCAUACCACUAUGAUGAAAUAAAUUUCAAUUGUGGAUGUCCUAGUCCAAAAGUAGCUGGACAUGGAUGCUUUGGUGCUCGUCUUAUGCUUGAUCCAAAGUUUGUGGGUGAGGCUAUGUCAGUAAUUGCUGCCAAUACAGAUGUUCCUGUUAGUGUUAAAUGUCGAAUUGGUGUCGAUGAUCAUGACUCGUACAAUGAGCUCUGUGAUUUUAUUUACAAAGUAUCUUCUCUAUCACCAACUAGACAUUUCAUAAUACAUUCGAGGAAGGCAAUGCUCAAUGGCAUUAGCCCAGCUGAGAAUCGAAGUAUUCCUCCCUUGAAAUAUGAGUACUUUUAUGGUCUCUUGCGUGACUUUCCGGACUUAAGGUUUACAAUCAAUGGAGGCAUAAAUUGUGUUGAUGAGGUCAAUGCAGCUCGAAGGGCAGGAGCUCAUGGUGUAAUGGUUGGACGUGCUGCAUACCAUAACCCUUGGCAGGUUUUGGGACAUGUUGAUUCUGUAAUUUAUGGUGCGCCAAGCAGUGGUAUUACACGACGUCAGAUCCUGGAAAAAUAUCAAGUGUAUGGCGAUUCUGUUUUGGGAAAAUAUGGAAUUAAGCCACAUGUACGGGACGUGGUGAAGCCUUUACUUCAUCUUUUCUAUUCGGAGCCUGGGAAUGGCCUGUGGAAGCGCAAAGCUGAUGCUGCAUUCCAAAAUUGCAAGUCAAUUAAAUCAUUUUUUGAGGAAACCCUUGUUGCAAUUCCUGACUCUGUCAUGGAUUCUCCUGUUGCGGAGCCACUAUCCGGCCGAGAUGAUCUUUUUGAGAAUAUAGAUAGCUUGCUACCCACUCCAUAUAAAUUGAGAGAACAGGAGGUACUAUAUGCUUAAUUUGUAUUUCUAUUUGGAAUUUGAUGUUACUAUUAAUUGUAUCUUGUCUCAUAUCAUGAGCAAUUUUUUUGGAGCGUGGCCCCAUUGGUCUCGCGGAACAAUAUUAACCAAAUUCAUCAGUGGAUAAUCAAAAUUUUCUCUAUCAGCAUGUGUGAGUGCUUACAUUUAAAUAUUUAA